GAAGAAGCUGCUUUUGCGCUUGCAGCAGUCGAUGCACCCUCUUGCAGCAAUAGAGGAUCUUCGGCCAUGAGGGGUCACUCGGACCUUUCAGCUAGUUGCUGCAAUCUAAAGUCUAACGACCAACGUUAGCACCUCGCCAGACGAACGGAACAACAUGUUUGGCGACAUAACACGGGACGACGUAGUGGGGAAAGCUGUGAAACAAUUGAGGGAAAUAAGAACUCUUCUAGGACACCGCUUUCUCCUCCAAGACUUGAUACCUUCUUAAGCAGCCUAAAAGCUUACAUUUCAUCCCCAGAGUUGUUGAGGAGGAGAAACGGCUUCUGGCUGUGGUCUGCAUCAACUAAUGUCCUCAAUGUCAUUGACACAGCCUCUGUCUUGUUUUAAACUCUUGAGUGUGGUUGUUAGUUAGAGUGGGAACCACUUUACCUCAGGAAAAAAAAAAAAAACUAUGUGCCUGCCUGUCUGAGCCUCUUGUGAAGGCUUAUAACCAUACCAAGAGCUGAGAGGGUCCUGCUAACUUGCAGCACAGGUGCUAGGCUCAACUGCUGUCACUGCUUCUGUGGCAGCAGAUAUGUUUACUGAUUUAUCAAGAACUUGUAGUCGAUCUAUAGUGACCAAGAGAAAAUUAACAACUCCAUUCGGCUGGAGCUGACAUCUCAGAAGUCAUUCCUACAGAAGAACCACUCACUGAGAAGGGAGCUACUAGUAGAACCAAGAGGUCUUUUAGGGAACAGAUCCUUCCUCCAACUCAGGCUUUGGUAUUGUCUCGACUGUUAAUUCCUAUCCUGCCUAUCAAUCUCCACCUAAGAUCUCUGCCCCUCAUCUCAGCCCUUCAGAAAUAGCCACAGCUUCGUUGGACGGUGAGAUGCCCACCAACCAGUCCUCCCCCUGGGGUGGGGAGACGCUACGGGCUUGCGCCAAUGCAGGUAGCCCCACCACUACAGCCUCUGUCAGUACACAUGCCAAGACUGUUGCGGCCACUAAAGUGCCUUUUAGUCAGACUUCCCUAGAGCUAUCCAGGAGAAAGGAUCAAGCCAAACCUCUCUCCUCAAAUGUUGCCUCUUCUGCUUCCCGCUUGAGGCAGACAUCAGUGGCUCCAUGUGUGGUUUCUGACUGGGAGAAUGGGGACGGGAAUAAAUCCAACACCCAGAGCCAAUUCACCACUGUGCCAGAUGUGUUUCCAAAUCUACUUAAUGGGAUUCAAAACCCAAACCAGGGACUGGCAACAGGAUUGAUGAAGGCUAGUGGCAGCCUCACAGAGACCAGUGCCCCUUCCUCCUUCACCAAGAAGGAAUGCCAGAUUGAGUUUCAUUACCAGGUGACGGGUGCCAUGCAGCAAUAUAUGUCGCUCCAAACCUCUCAGCCUGAUGAUGGUUUAGCAAUGAGCGGGCGACAGGCUGCCACAGGGGAUGCAUCGUUGGGAUUAGACCCUCUUAUGUCAGAUUGUCAGAAAGACCAGUUCAUCAAAGGACGGCCCACUCUGCAGCAAACUAACACGUUGAAGCUUGAAGCUGCAGACUCUUCCUCCUUGCCGUCAGUGCCUCCUCUAUGCCUUACUCUUUGUGAACAUCAGGGGGCAGCAUUGGGAAAGAAUGCCUCCAGCCAUGACAGCACAAAAGUAGAAAUAAGAAGCACAACAAGAGAAACAACAACACCUGCAAGGAGAAGCCAUUCAGCUAAACCAGCAACAAAAGGCAGUGAAACACAAAAUAGUUGCUCUAUAAAAACAGUUUUAAACAAUCAGUUACUAGUAAGAGGUGGUCCUCCAGCAGUAGUGGCAACAACUAACAACAGCAAGCCCCAAACGAUAGCAUCACUAGACCUAAACAAGCAGGCCCCACAAAGUCGGUGUCCACCUGGAAGCACUUUGUCCACAUGCAGAAGAAUCAGUCCUCCAGCAGCCAGUCCCUUUCCAAAUGGCCCCAUGCCAACUAUCCUCAGUGCCACUCAGGACAAGAAGCCCACACCGCUGGAUGCCAUCACAGAUGUGGCCUCCUGUCCUGCAGGAGCCUUGAUGGGCUCCAUGACCACUCAGAUCUCCGCAAUCCACCUCACCCGGCAGGGACAGCCUGCCUCCAAGUCAUCUUCAUCUCCAUUCCCUUCCUCCCCCUCACUUAUGGAGGAGUGUCAGGUUGGAGAGACUCAGCUUUCAGGCCAGGAGUGUGUUAUGCAGGUGGAUGGAGUUGAGGAGGAGCUGCCUGAUGAGCUGGAAAAUGCCUGCAGUGACGAUGAUGAUUCAGAUUGUUCGUCCAUCAAUGGCACCUCAUCCACAGCAUCCUUUGGUCUUCUUUCUGGUGUUGAGGAGGCGAUGUCGUUGGGGGCCGAAGAUGAUCGAGAGGAGAGGCCAGCUUUGGUUCCCAGUUUGUUCCCCUUCAUCCCUCCAACACUCUACUUCAGCACCGCCAGUGAGAAAGUGGAACUGCUGCCUGCAGAACAAAGACGACUGUUAAAAUGGAAGAUGAGCAACGUCACUCCAAAUAUUGUCAAACACACUGUCGGCAGGUCCCACUUCAAAGUCACCAAGAAAAGCCAUGACUGGUUGGGCUGCUGGGGACACCACAUGAAGUCUCUUGGUUUCAAGGCCCUUGGAGAGCAUCAGAAGUUGAACCACUUCCCGGGAACAUUUCAGAUUGGCCGAAAGGACCGGCUGUGGAGGAACCUGUCCAAGAUGCAGGUUCGCUUUGGCAAACAAGAGUUCAGCUUUUUCCCCCGCACCUUCAUCCUUCCUCAGGACAUCAAGCUGCUCCGCAAGGCCUGGGAGGACGCUGGUUCCAGGCAGAAAUGGAUCGUCAAACCUCCUGCGUCAGCCAGAGGAAUAGGUAUCCAGGUCAUUCACAAAUGGAGCCAGAUGCCCCGCAAGAGACCGCUACUGGUCCAGAAGUACCUUCACAAGCCCUACCUCAUCAGCGGUAAUAAGUUUGACCUGCGGAUUUACGUUUAUGUGACAUCCUACGACCCGCUGAGAAUUUACAUCUUCUCUGAUGGACUGGUUCGGUUCGCCAGCUGCAAGUAUUCGUCUUCCAUGAAGACUCUGGGUAACAAGUUCAUGCACCUGACCAACUACAGUGUCAACAAGAAGAACUCUGAAUACCAAACAAACAGCGAUGACAAGGCCUGCCAGGGACACAAAUGGGCUUUGAAGGCCUUGUGGCAGUAUCUUGGUUCUAAGGGAGUCAACACCACUCUGAUCUGGGAGAAGAUUAAAGACAUUGUGAUCAAAACCAUCAUUGCGUCAGAACCGUACGUCAACAGUCUGCUGAAGAUGCACCUUCGGACACCUUACAGCUGCCACGAGCUGUUUGGAUUUGACAUUAUGCUGGAUGAGAAACUCAAACCCUGGAUCCUGGAGGUCAACAUAUCACCAAGCCUCCAUUCCAACACAGCGCUGGAUGUUUCCAUUAAAGGUCAGAUGAUCAGAGACCUCCUGAACCUGGCCGGCUUUCGUAUACCUCAGAGAGAAGAUGUGGUCGCCCCCUGCAGUAGCUCCUCCAGCUCUACCAGCAGCCUGUGUGGCGGGAACAGGGAGAGAACCAAACCAGAUCUGUCUGCUGAUGAGAGGGUGAAACGGGCCUUUUACCUCACACAGCGAUAUGCAGACCAGGACCUCCUCUCUUCAGUGUUGGAUGUCUUAACUCCAGAGGACGUUCACGUGCUAGCAGAGAGUGAAGACGAGCUGAAUCGUCUCGGAGAGUUUGAGCGAGUUUUCCCAUCCCCGUCAUCAUCUCGCUACCUCCGCUUUCUCGAGUGUCCAAGAUACCUCAACAUCCUGCUGGACCAGUGGGAGCAGAGGUACUGGAACAACAGGGCAAAAGGUAUCAGUCUGCUGAGGACUCUCUGUCAGAAAGGAGUUCAUCUGGGGACUGAUGACCCUGCUCACAUGUGGUCCAAGUGUAGCUACAUCUCAAGGUUUGAACCCCACAGACAAGACCUUAUCAGCCCAUCCAGAUCCAGGGUAGUGGUCAGCCUUCGGCACCAUUCCCAUCACGAUAACCAUGACGACGCUUCAGACAGGGAGGAUGCUUCGGUCUCCAGCCUGCCCGUUUCGCCAAGUCCUGGAUCAAGUGUCGCCAGCAGUGCCUGUGCAAGCCCUCAGCCCAGCCCGGCCCAGAGCCUGCCGCUUCAACAGUUUGCUCCACUCUGAGACUUGGUUUGCUAACACUGUGUUCAGACACAAAGCUCAUGGUCUAGGACUUAGCCCUUACCUCCUUUAACAUCCUUCUAUUGACCUCUCAUGUCUAGUAGUUCUGAAAUCCUGGAUGAGAAAUGUAUUUAGAACCACUGUAUAAGUUUGAAGCUCUUAACACUGUACAGGGGAGAGGAUUUUGGUCUUUAACAGAAUUGUAGUUGGCAGUCAGUUCAUGGCGACUCAUCCUUUCUAGUCUUGAGGUAACCUCCAGUGUUUUUAUGUUUUCGCCAAUUUACUACAAAUCAAUAAUAUGCCUAUUGUCCAACUUGAGGUCAAAUUGUAUUCUGAGCUUCUGAGCAGCCAGUGAUUUCCACUGAUUUCUUUUGAAAAUUGUCCUGCAGAGACAUGCUGGAGAUGCAUAAUCCAUCACAGUGAGCUUUAUGUCUAUUCAGUCUUUAAAAAAUGUGUGUUGUCAUAUGGCACUGCAUGACAUUCAGCUCAAUAAGAUUAUAAGUACGUUGACUGAAUAGAGAACUGUACACAGAAGCUCUAGCAAAACAAAAUGCGGUGGUCCAGCCAAAAAGCUGUUCUUUGCUUAAUGCAGAGUCAUCUGCCAAGGCGAUGCAUUAGCCAAUCAAGCACAGGCUAGCUACACGCCUGGUAGAUACUGUGUUGUUCUGCGUUUUACCCCGUGAUUGUUCUGACUGAGGAUUAAAUAAUGUUCUGCGAGUUUUCUCGUAGUAUUAUACUUGACAGUGCAGUGUUUGGCUUUGGAUAAGUAUUUAAACUAAUGCGUGUAUUACUAAAACAAGACGGUACUUCAUCUUCUCACUGGCACCUGAAGUCAACACAGCCCCUGUGGGGGUGAAUGCCCGCUAAGAACAAGAUGUUCAGGUCCCAUCUUGCUACACAUGUUGGUCCUCACUGGCCUUUUGUACCAAACUUAAACUGUGAAUGAGACAUACUGCACUUCCUCACAACCAUUAAAGUAUUGUUUUCA